AUGACCCGUAGCCAGUCGGGAGGUUUACUGCCGUUGAAUCCAGAGAUUGACCGCACUUGUCGCCAACCUAGGAGACAACAGCGAGCUAGACUGGCUACGGAAGAGCGCAUAGACGGCCACCUGAGUAGCGAUUCUGAAGAAGAGUACGGGAUGGACGGAGAAUACAAUCCACACCAGGGGAAUUCUCAGCAGGCUCCCCCUGGGAAUCAGGUCAUGGGGAACCACCCCAUACCCCAGGAUCAUGGGGUUCAUCAUCCACCGCCGCCGGGUCCCACCUUGGAGUACUACUACACUCCACGGAUUGCUAACAUCUGCCCGGUCAUCCUCUACCCGCCUAUUCCAGCAAACAACUUCGAGAUCAAGCCAUGCUGGAUUCAGCUCAUUACAUCCUCUAUCCAGUUUCAUGGCUUGAAGGACGAGGAGGCCAGGGUGCAUCUUUCCCGUUUCCUGCAGCUGACGAACGGGUUCAAGCUGAAUGGUGUCCCUGAUGAUGCAAUCCGCCUUCACCUUUUCCCCCAUUCUCUGGCGGGGAAUGCUAAGAGGUGGUUGGAGGCCCAGCCCCCAUUGUCCAUCACCUCUUGGGACGAUCUGGCUGACAAAUUCGUGCACAGGUACUAUCCGGCAUCGAAGACUACAGAGAUCCAGCGGGAGAUCACUCACUUCCGCCAAGAGCCAAAUGAGUCACUUCGUGAUGCUUGGGAGCGGUACAUGGGAUAUUUCGGGCAUUUUCCCCAUCAUGGCUUCAGUGAUGCAUUCAUAGUGGGGAACUUCUACAAUGCUCUCUCUCCAGACACCCAGCGGGUGAUUGAGUCUCUAUGCCCAGGAGGGGAUAUUCUUACUAAGACUCCACCCGAGCUGAACCGGAUGAUCAAUACCUUGGCUGCCAGAGAUCAUUCUUGGGGACAGAGCAGCAGAGGCAGACAGUCCCGGGACCGUGGUGUGCAUGCCAUGGAUACCAGAUCCGGGCUUGAGCAGCAGGUAGCUGAGUUAGUGCAGACAUUGAAGCAGCCCAACAGUCUGAUUCUGGGCAGAGGUUUGGCUACACCUCCAGUAGCUCAAUGUCAGUGGUGCGAGAGCUCCAAUCACCUAGUGGAGGACUGCCAGGCUAUGAGGGAGUCUACCACUCCCCAAGAGCAGUUGGACUUCAUCGCCAAUGCUCGGCGCCUCGACCCGUACAGUAACACAUAUAAUGAGGGGUGGCGCCAGCAUCCCAACUUCGCCUGGAGCAGCAGCACCACUAAACCACCUGGUUUCCCAGCACCAGCAGGUGGUUUUCAGCAGAGGCAGCCCUUCCAGGCUCGACAGGGGCCAGACCCACAGCAGCAGCCCUACCAGCCUAGGUAG